GUACCUGAACUUUACAUUUAGAUAAGUUCGUUAUUUUACGGAAUAUACUACUAUUCACACAUAAAUUUGAUAUGAAAAGAUCUGGAGUAUAGGUACUAUAUAAUUAUACGUUAUAUUUAAAAGUAACAUAAUGAAGAUAUUUGGUGUGUUUUUAGUUGUUUCUGUUGCCCUAGUCUAUUCAGAAGUUUGUACAGUUCUCGAAUUCAGUAACGUCCAAAAUGCAGUCCAAACCUGCAACGAUAUCCUCUUAGAAAACGUUACGGUCCCUGGCGGAGAAACUUUGAAGCUUCACCUCCAAGAUGGCACAAGGGUUACUUUUAGGGGAAUCACAAAGUUUGGUUAUGCACUUUGGGAAGGCCCUCUAAUCGAAAUCAACGGUACUAACAUUACAGUAGCAGGAGAAGAUGGAUCUAUCUUUGAUGGACAAGGCCAACUAUACUGGGACGGCCAAGGAGAAUGGGGAGUAGUUAAGCCUAAAUUUUUCACCAUUCAACUUCAUAAUUCUACUAUGAAAAAUAUUUACGUAUUGAACACACCGGUUCAUUGUGUUUUGCUAACCGACUCGUCAAAUGUAGAGCUAAGUAAUUGGACCAUAGAUGAUUCUGCUGGAGAUAAGGAUGUAGCUCCUGAAAAGUAUGGUCAUAACACAGACGGAUUUGACGUAUUUAAUUCUACAAAUAUUGUUGUUAAAGAUGCUUUUGUUUAUAAUCAAGAUGACUGCGUUGCUGUGCGAAGUGGGAACAACAUUACUAUCGAGAAUUUCUAUUGCCACGGUGGGCACGGACUCAGCAUCUCAGCAGGCUGGAGUAACGACUCAUUUUUCAUCAAUACCUUGACAAAUGUAAUCAUCAGAAAUUCACAAUUGGUAGGAGGCCGAAAUGGGAUACACAUAAAAACACACAUCGAUGCAGGAAAGGGGUUGAUUGCCAACGUCACUUAUGAAAAUAUUACUUUCAGUGAGAUGGAGUACUAUGGUAUAAAUAUUCAACAGAAUUACAAGAAUCUCCCGGAACAAAAUACAAGUUAUCCGGUCGAUCCUGACAAUAAUAUACCCAUAAAAAAUCUGGAAUUGAAGAAUAUUCAAGGAUCGGUACAGUCCAACGCUAUACCAGUGUACAUUUUGUGUGCCGAUGAAGGAUGCUUUGACUGGAAUUUUGUUAAUGUUACCGUAGAAGGAACUAAGGAUAAUAGUUGUAAUUAUGUACCUAGUAAUUAUACUUGUUAAAAAUAAUGCAAUUUAUUA